AUGGAGAUUGAUGGUAACACCCUGGUGUUGCUGUUAGUGUUCCUUUUCAUCUUUUAUUCGAAUCCAUCUGGCGAUGGAGUAACCUCUCAGUACGAAUAUAAUCAACUCCAGACUCUGAAAGCGCAAUACCAAGAUGAGUAUUCCUCCUUCGACAACUUGACAUAUAACAGUAACUUCCGCAACAUAACUGGCCUUCAACUAAGCUAUGGGGAUGUGCUUCGAAGUCCAGAGCUGAAUGCUUCUUAUCCCAUAGAGGGUAAAGACUAUGUGCACUGGCACCGUGAUCAAAACUACACCCUGGUUCCUAACGAGGUCCUUGACGAGUUGACGCAGCAAACUUGGAAAAGCGAACACGAUAUAUACCCUGCGAAUUUGAGCAGUACGUUACGUGGGCAAAUUGUCAACUCGCGCGAAGAAUACCAUCGAAUUCCCAUGCCCAUUCCUGAAUAUUACGCGCCUGCACAAGAGUUAGUCCUGGAUCGGCCUGGACUCGAUGCUCCUUAUUACUCUGAUCCUUCAACCCAUGAUGUACCACAUAAUAUUACCUUCGAGGAAGGGAACAUUAUUGUUGAAAUCAGUUCGGCAGACAUUAUCACUUCGUCUAACGGAAGGGAAACUCCGUUCCAUAACAGCCAAAGUGAUAAGUGGCGUUUCUUACACAUUCGAAUCCAAUUUUCUGAUGCAUUUGAUGCCGAAAAGUACUCCUUCAAUACCAAGGGGAUCUACGAUAUUCAGAAUGGCCGGAUUCUGGCGAUUUCAGAAAGCGCAAAGUUUCACUCUCUUUUCGCUUUACCUCACUACAUGAACUUGAAGAAUGAUGACGAAACAACUUACAACGCCGUAAAGCAGUUAUUGCAAGAAUACUGGAACGCCACCGAUUUUAUUGAAACUCGGACGAUGCCUUAUUUACAAGAUUCAUUUACCACAGCCCUUGCGAGAUGUGAAUACUUGGUAUUCUUGCAGCUUGAGCCGUGGUCCCAAUAUUCACAUGAACAACUGAAACUCGUCGAUGAGGAGUUGAUGUGGCCCUUGGGCAGACGUGCCAAUAUCUCCGAUCUGCCCCCAGUUAAUGUCUCAUCGGGUUUAAUUUACUCACCUGAUUGUGGGAUCAAAUUGCACGUCAACAAUGCUUAUGGUAUGCGAUACGAACUGAAGGUGCGAAAAAUGAGAUCUCUGUUGUUGGCCGGCGUCGCCUUGCUAGCCGCCCAGAUUUACCUUAUUUUACAUCAAAUGCAGCACACAAAUACACCAUCAAUGGUAAACAAAGUAUCAUACAUGUGUUUCAAUAUGAUUAAUUUUGUUGAUGGCUCUCUUGCCACAGUAUUUUUUGUGAUGACUAGCUCAUUCCCGGUUUUGUUUUUGCCCUUAGUGGUAUGUUCUUUCGCAUGCGUCAUUCUUGCUUCUGUUUUCGAGAUACGGUACCUGAUAUCGAUUUAUGCCUCACAGGCUAAUGAGCAGAAUGUUGGAAUUAUGACAUUGCUGCGUCGGAGCACGGAUGAAGAAGCACAAACAACCCCCACUGUAAUACCCGAUGAAGCAAGUAUCAGCUCCUCCUUAUACCGAACCUACUUUGUCAAGAUGUUUUUGUCAAUGAUAGUAAUCGUGGCCGUUUUCAAUACUUGGCCGCGGGAUCUAAGGGAAAUUACAGAGAGCAUAGCUGUAUUUGCAGCCAAUUCUUAUUGGGUUCCCCAAAUAGCGCGUAAUGCUAUUAAGGGAGGCCAGCCAACAAGGAGGUCCCCUUCAAACGAUGACACUCGCCACCAGCGUCAAAACAAGGCUCCAUUACUGAGCAAGUUUAUUAUAGGGACUUCCAUCAUACGUUUCCUGCCAGUGGUCUAUGUUUACGGUGUCCCUGAUAACAUUUUCAAUCACCACCAAGACCGCAAAUUCAUCAUUCUGGUAUCAAUAUGGCUUGUCAUUCAGAUUGCACUGUUGUAUUCACAAGAAUUUAUUGGUGCGCGUUGGUUUCUUCCUAAUUACACCAUUCCAGAAGGGUACUCCUACCACAAGGGCAUUUCUUCGGGUGAACUACUGGAACAUGGCAGCUCUGAUAAUUAUAUGGUAGACUGUGCCAUUUGCAUGACGGAUGUGGCUGUCUAUGUUGAAGACAUUCCCGAAACUCACAAAGUUGACCAGAAUGGUUACAUGGUCACACCAUGUGGACAUAUGUUCCAUACUCAGUGUCUGGAGAGCUGGAUGAGCUAUAAGCUACAAUGUCCAGUAUGUAGGGCACCUCUUCCACCGCUGUGA